AUGAGCCUGCCAUGCCCUUACCGGCACGUUUCGUAUGCAACAUGGCGCCUGGGUGUUAUCCGUACUCUGUGUCGGUCCUUCGACGAGCCUCAUCUCAGACCGUCGGCCUCCAUCCGACGAGAACACACGAAACCUCAAAUACGGAAUGCUGGUGAUUCUAGAUCCGCGACCAAGAAUGGCGAUGGGCCAACUGCUCAACAUGGGCCGCCGCCAGCAAUUCCGUCUUCUAGAGAGGCCAAAAAGAGAGAUUCGGGGCGAGGCGAGUCUUUCAAUCCAUACAGCGGGCCCGGCCGUCAGGCCAUCAAGGAGUUACUGUCGGACCUGAAGAAAGCAAGCAGAAAAAUUCAGCUGGGCGAUGAAGAUAUAGAAUCUUUUCCCUUUGGAUCACACAGAUCAUUGGUUCUUGACUCGUCCGGAGAUGGAGAUGGAAAUAUACAAAAUUGCUCUCGCCAGCAACCUUUGGCGGACGUACAAUUGCGAAAGUAUCAUUCAACGCAAGAAGAGUCUUUUGUUGCAUAUAAUGCGGAGGGACGUCAAGCUAUCAAAGAUCUGCCCACUAAGCUCCAGGAAGGCCGCAAGAAGAUUCAACCUCGCGAUGGAACAGGCGACAAUUCACGCCUCAAAGGAGAAAGCCUGCCAACCCUCCAGUCACCCAUCAUCGCACAGGUCGAGAACGCUGCAAGGCGGCGGGAAGAAAGGAAAGAGCACCCAUCUUAUCGACGCAUAAAAGGACUGAAGAAUAAUCCGUGGGCAGAGAUCCUCGCAAGUCCACUUCGAGCGUGUCAAGGUAGCGGUGCGAGACUGCCGCAGGACCUUUUGAUGGACUUUGGAUACGUCAAGAAUCAAAAAGACGGCAAGAUAUAUCUUAUGCCGGCAAGUCUUGCAGACUUGGAUGCCUUGGAAGCAAAAUUGGCAGCAGAGCUGGCAAUAGUGGAGAGCAGAUCACCACAACUCCGUGAUGGAACGGAAAUGAAAAGAGACAAUCAAUUCGUCACAGACGACGGCAUGACCGAAGAUGACGAUGAGCCAGAUGGGUUUCCGCGCAGUUCUCCUGGAGCUGCCCAGAAGUUCACAAACUAUUCAGCGACAUCUCGAAAAUAUAUCCCCACACAGAGCCGUCUAUUAUCCAACCUCACUUUCCUCCGCCUGCUGACCAGUAAAGUAACGCGACCGGUCAAGAAAACAUCCAACUCCCCUUCACCGACUAAAUUCGAGACAAUGUCCGGGGAGGUGGGCAAAUUAAUCCACUUCGAUGCCCGUGAGUCCACAUCAACAGCACAACAUUAUCUACAAAACAAAUAUCGAUUUGACUCCGCGAUCGAUGGCGAAGAUGCAUCUGGAAACAACCCCUUGGGCCCUGAUUUACCUUCAGCCGGUCGAAUGAAAGGAAGGUUUAACUUGAACAGAUUGCAAUGGCAGCCGGAUGUACAUCUUCGGGUUGCAGAUAUUAUGCGAAAACGCAUUUUCGCUGCCAUGAAGGCCCUGGCUGAUUCGGAGUCUGCUGUCAAGUCUCAGGCCUUGCCCGCGAGGCCAUCAGGCGUCAUUUCCCUCCCAAUCCCUCAGGACGGGAUGUUCAAGGGUGAAGAGCUGCGGCGAUUGAUGAUGGCAAUGUCCUCUACGACCACACCUGCCGGCUUAAAGAUCAGAGCCGUUGCCGGCAAACCGAAAAGGGAACCAUCUCCCAACUCUACGCCUUCUUCCACUUCAAAUGCGGAGGUGGACCCUUUCACGACAACUCAUUACCCUCCUUCUACGGCCGAAGAAGCAGAGUACCACGCCCUUGGCCACUCAGAGUGGCUGCCGGGAAGCAUCUUCCUACGAAUCGGCAAUGAUGGCAUUAUAUCUCCCGCCUCUUCACACUUUUCACCAUCGUCCCUCCCACCUUUGCCUUUAGACAACCCCCUCAUCCCUCCCAUGAUCACUGUCCUAGAUACAUAUCGGUUCCCGGUCUUCUCCCUCCGCCGCCUGUUCGCGAAUGCACCCGGACCUGGAAUUUCCGACAUGGAAGAACUCAAUAGGCUGAUAAGACAACAGUCAAUCUUUCAACCUCCCAAUGAGGCGUCAAUCAGUAGUGAGGACGAAAAAGGAGACUACCUCCUCCUGAUACGCCCCCUGCCCGGCCCUGCGAAGGCGGUCAUUGAAGAAGUCUGGCGUCUGUGGCGGUAUUUGGGCGGCCGGAACUUGGAUCUGAACUUUGCCUCUGUGACUGAAAAGCAGUCGAGGGAAGACAAGGCGCGGGAGAGUCCCCCCCAAGAGGGUAGCGCUCCGUUGAUAUCAUAG